UGCUGAAAAGAGAUAGCAAUACACUUCCAAUAACUACCGAACACUACUUUGCCAAUUUACAGACACGACAUUUAGUAGUUGUCAGUUGGAAUCAAGUUCAGCGGCUUUCAGCAGCUUCACUAGUAAUUGGGUUAAAAAAAAGUCUACGUGCGCUAGCUUCAAUUCUUUGUUGAUCUUCAAAGCAUCUUAAAAAAAACAAAUCAAAAUGUUCGUAUCAACAGUCUCCCGUAUUGCCCCCGUUGCCAGGUCCGCUCUCGUUAACGGCUCCAAGGCUUACUUGAGACCAUUGAGCAGCGCAGUCAUUAGCCAAAGCCAAACCUUGGCCGCUCAGAACACAACCCCAGUUGCUUUACUGCCACAAAUCAGGUCAUUCCAGACCUCCCCUGUCACUCGUGACAUUGAUUCAGCUGCCAAAUUCAUUGGUGCUGGUGCUGCAACAGUCGGUGUAGCUGGUUCCGGUGCCGGUAUCGGAACAGUAUUCGGUUCCCUCAUCAUCGGUUAUGCCAGAAACCCAUCAUUGAAACAACAAUUGUUCUCCUACGCUAUCUUGGGUUUUGCCCUUUCUGAAGCUAUGGGUCUUUUCUGUCUUAUGAUGGCUUUCUUGCUCCUCUUCGCUUUCUAAAGUGUGUAUUUAAGUCCUUAAGAAGACGUUAAAUCUUAUAAUAAUAACAACAAAAUUAAUUGAUAACAUCUGUACUACAACAACAACCACAGCUCCAUUAUCUUUAUUGUUUUUAAAAAACAUCCAAGAGUAAUAAAAAAGAAAAAGCAACACUUUUUAUUUAAGUUUAAAACGGAAAUAAAACAAAAUCUAUGAUAAAAAAUUAGAAAAAACCGAAAAUUUUUGAAGAUUUAUAAUUGGUUUAAAAAUUUUUAUUUAAAAUGUUUAUUGCAAAUGAAAACUAAAUGCCACAAUAUUGCUAGAGAUUGAGCAGAAAAAAGACUGCUACAUAUACAUAUAAAAACGACAGAAGUUCAAUAAUAUAUUGUAGAUUAGGAACGAAUUCCACCGCCGCAAGUUUGCAUUUUUUGUUUCUUUUUUGAGUGUGUGUGUGUAAAAAUUCGAAUUCAUUACAUUUAGAUGCCUUUCUGUUGUCUGGAAUCAAAAACUUGUAUAAGUUUACUAUAUUAGAUCAAGUCUCAAGUGUAUGUUUUUGAAUUGGUCUUUUUUUCUCUCAAUUUUAAAGUUAAAUUUUUGUUCCCUUUUAUUUACAAUUUUAAAUAAAUUUCAUAUAAGAAUGGUAUUUUAUCAUUAGCACACAAUAUUUGUUUAAUUAUGUACGUAGUAGAGUAAUGCCACUGCUGAAAUUGUCGCGCUCUCAUUGUCUAUAACAUUCAUAGGUUUUGCGGUGGAACAUGCUCCUCUAUAACACAUUAGUUGUCAUUGAUGUCUGAUUUUGUAGUUUUACCACUACUUUUGUUUGUUUUUUUUAAUGAUCUUAACAAUUUAUUUGAACUGUUCACUGAAACUCUAGUCGAAUGUAAUAACGAUGUAUUCUAUAAUUCACAUUUGUAAUCACUCACAAACUAAUAUAUUUAUUUGCUGUACAACUAGUGUUUAAAUAAAUAAAAAGGCAAUAAGUCAGAUAAA